UCGCCGGGGCUGGCGGCGGCGCCAUUUUGAAUUGGCUGAGGGUCGGAGGCGGCGGCUGCCGAGCAGGGUUCCGCGUCCCCCGAGGGAGAAGCCGCGAGGAAGGAGCGGACAUGGCCGCGAAUAGGAACUUGAAGCAAGUGCGGAUCGAAAACAGCUCCCCGGCGGUGCCGCUGGGCAUGGUGGGAGGCGGCGGCGGCGGCAACCUGAAAGGAUUGCGCGGCCUAGAAGCGGAGAGUGAGGCGGCGGCGGCCAUGGCUCUGGUGCCGAGCAAAGAAGGCGGCGGAGAUGAGGAGCGGGAGGUUGGGUUCACCAUCGAUAUCAAGAGCUUUCUCAAACCUGGCGAGAAGAGCUACACGCAGCGUUGCCGGCUGUUCGUGGGGAAUCUGCCUACUGAUAUCACCGAGGAGGAUUUCAAGCGCCUUUUCGAGCGCUACGGGGAGCCCAGCGAGGUCUUCAUCAAUCGGGACCGCGGCUUCGGCUUCAUCCGCCUGGAAUCUAGGACCUUGGCUGAAAUAGCAAAGGCAGAACUUGAUGGUACUAUUUUGAAGAGCAGACCACUUCGAAUUCGAUUUGCUACUCAUGGAGCUGCCUUGACUGUGAAGAACCUGUCGCCUGUGGUUUCCAAUGAGCUGCUGGAACAAGCAUUCUCGCAAUUCGGGCCAGUGGAAAGGGCGGUUGUUGUAGUAGAUGAUCGAGGCAGAGCUACAGGGAAAGGUUUUGUGGAGUUUGCAGCAAAGCCUCCGGCACGGAAAGCUCUAGAGAGAUGCAGUGAUGGGGCAUUCUUGCUUACAACAACACCUCGACCUGUUGUUGUAGAACCAAUGGAGCAAUUUGAUGAUGAGGAUGGACUCCCUGAGAAGCUAAUGCAAAAAACACAACAGUACCACAAGGAAAGAGAACAGCCUCCACGUUUUGCUCAGCCUGGAACAUUUGAGUUUGAGUAUGCUUCACGGUGGAAGGCUCUUGACGAGAUGGAAAAGCAGCAGCGGGAACAGGUUGACAGGAACAUUAGAGAAGCCAAAGAGAAGCUUGAGGCAGAAAUGGAAGCAGCUAGACAUGAGCAUCAGCUGAUGCUGAUGAGGCAAGAUCUCAUGCGUCGUCAGGAAGAAUUGAGGCGCUUGGAAGAGCUUCGAAACCAAGAACUUCAAAAACGCAAGCAGAUACAGCUGAGACAUGAAGAAGAGCACAGACGUCGGGAAGAGGAGAUGCUGCGCCAGAGGGAGCAGGAGGAAUUACGACGACAGCAGGAGGGAGGAUUUAAGCCAAAUUUCAUGGACAAUAGAGAACAGGAAAUGAGAAUGGGUGAUAUGGGUCCUCGUGGAGCAAUAAACAUGGGAGAUGCGUUUAGCCCAGCACCUGCUGGUAACCAAGGCCCUCCUCCAAUGAUGGGUAUGAAUAUGAACAACAGAGGAACUUUACCUGGCCCUGCAAUGGGUCCUGGUCCUUCCAUGGGACCAGAAGGAGCUGCAAAUAUGGGAACACCAAUGAUGCCAGAUAAUGGAACAGUGCAUAAUGAGAGAUUCCCUCAAGGAGGCCCAUCCCAGAUGGGUUCACCUCUGGUUAAUAGAACGGGCUCUGAAACUCCUCAGCCGCCAAUGAGUGGUGUAGGUGCCGUGAGUGGUGGACCUGGUGGCUUUGGUAGAGGAAACCCAGGGGGCAACUUUGAAGGACCUAACAAGCGUCGCAGAUACUAAUCCUUAAUUCAUUCCUUACUGUUUUAGAAAUUCCAGUAAAAUUAUACAGUGAUAUGCCUUUAUUAUUUUAGCUGUUAUCUGGAAACGGUUCUAUUGUUACUGUAGUCUUUAAAACAGUUUCUUUUGUAAAACUUUUUUUGUAUUCAGUCAUAGGCUUUGUAGUAUAGAGCAGAAACGAUGCGGAUCAUUAUGUAAGGCAAUGUAUUUGUGACUCUAGCAAAAUGCAAUGUGUGACUAUGCUGUAAAACGUGCGGUUAUCUGAUUACAAUAAAACAAAAAUCACUGGAAAGGAUUUUGGGAAUGUUGUUACUAAUACUGAGUAAGAAUAAUUUUAUGCUUUAUUAUAAGUGGCAUCAUUUUAAUUUUUAUGUAGUUUCUACUAUGUGUCAAGAAAGUUCUAUUCUUAAUAGUGUUUAGCUGAACUGCAUGGUGCAGUACAUACUAUGGAAAACUUAAAACACAACUGCUUUUGUUUUGACUUUCAAAGAGCAUAAAAUUUUAUACAAAGUGUUCUCAACGACGGUGUGUCCUUGCAUCUCAAUCCACCAUUGCAAACUUAGUCACAGUAGGCUUAUCAACAGAGGUUAUCUGUCAGACAAAUUACUGGAAAAUUUAACUUGGGGAGGGAAAAAAACAAAUUUGGAAAGCAAUCUCUAUGUAUGCUUUAUUCAUAACAGUAUGAGUGAAUUUACCUAAACCAUAUUUAUAGAGGAGAAAAUUGGUUGUGACAUGUGUGUGUUCAGCUGAUGGUUGAAGUAACUCCCAUUGCAAGGAAGGCAACAUUUCUGCACGGUGGUCAGAAGCUUUCCUCUGUGUUUGCACAUCAUUAUUAAUAAGUAUGCAUUUUUCCUAGUGGUUGGUUUGAAUAAAAACGUGUCUGUUAUGAGUGAGUAACUGUUUAAUUAGGAAGCAACUACAUGUUUUCCAGUGAAAAUAAGUGUUCACUUAUGGUUGAGUAAUACGCAUUUGGAAGGAUUGCACAUGACUAUUCUUCAGAAAUGUUUUACAGAACAAGGAAUUUGGAAAAUCCCAUUUACGGCAUAACUCAGGGUAGGUUUGCUGCUUAAGUUUUAAGAUAAAGCUGGUAGUAAAGCUAUUAGGAAGCUUAUGAUUUUGUUUUGUCGGUGUUGGAAGAUGAUGGAAAAGACCUAUUGGUUCUAUUCCUGUAAUGGCAAUUAAGUAGGGAUAUUGGUUGGUUACUAUUACGCUUUUUCCUGGGCAAAAUAGUUGUAAAAUAGAAGUGAUCUUUUUUAUCAGUUCACAUACGUUUUCAGAGGUAGACACAACUAAAUUUGAUCUGCAUGAAUUGUGAUGCUGUUUUGGUUAAAAACUGAUUUGAAAUAACCUGGUGCCCUAAUAACAUCCAGAUGGUAUAUACAUUCCUCAGCAUGGGAUGCAAGCAGCAGAGAGGGCUUGUGUGUUACUUGUUAAUGUGACAGUGAUUGGCUUGGUGGAUUGAAUUUUGAGCAAAUGGUUAACAAGAAAAUUGCAAUGUUGCUGACAUUUUGGAAAUACACUGUUACUUAAAUUGCCCGUGUAUAUGGCUUAAGAUACUGUUUUCAUACAAUUCAGGAGUUACUGUAGUGCAACUAAGUAUAUAGGUCCUCACUUGUGACAUCUGUACCUGCAAAGCAUUUUCCUUUAUAUUGUCUUUAAUGUUGCCAUUUUUUGCUUGACUUAACACAUGUCACACUUUGUAAUGCAAUACUGAGUUACCUUUAUUCUGGAAUACUCUUUCUCCUUGGUAUAUGUAUCACAUUAUAGUACUCAUUCUCAAAGUAAACCUCAACCAAACUGCAAAUGGUUUUCCUUUACACACUAAAAGGUCCUAAACAUCAAGAUUUGGGAAAAUUACUGUUUUUUCACCGCUAUAAACUAGGGCUUGUGUAUGGUAACUAGUUAAACUCUCUGCUCUAGUGUCCUUUAUGCAGUUGAAAAUGCAGUUUCCAUUGGUAUCUAGUAAGGAGUCUAAAUAUGAGAUGACUUUUUUCUAAUAUUGCCUGCCCUUGUACGUGACCUUUUUUAGAGGAUUAAGGAAGUAUUGGUGAAUUGAUAGUUCUCAACUGUAAAGCUGUACAGGGAACAUGUGUUAAGUACAAAUUAAACUGCAUUCAAAAGGUUGGUUCAUUUUCUUCAAGGGAAAAGGCUGUGUUACUCAGGCUUUUAGCUGGCUCCUGUAUAUUUGUUUAGCUAUGUAAACCCUCCUCCUUAUAAUAUCUGAGUAUGUUUCAGAAGAACAUUAAGUACACUGAAUCUUUAGAAGUUGUUAAUACUUUCUGUCCAGCUUCAUGCUAUUUUAACUGCAUGUUUGUUGCACUGUGGUUUUGGUAGCAAGUAGAGAUUUGCAUGUAUUUGAAAGUUAUUUUAGAUUUUAUUUAACAUUAGUGAUUGUCAUUCCACGGUUGUGACCUGCCCCUCCUGUAAACCUCUGACUUGGAUGGCUCUGCUGCAUGGUAGCAGUGGAUUUGUCAGCUGUCCUUACUGCAGAAAAUAAUUUAAUCUAUUUUUAUAUGUCUGUGAACCAAGUCCUAACAAAUCAAUACUGAAAUACAUUUUUGGGCAGAUUGUAAGGAGUUAAUGAAGAAUGCCUUUUGUAGCUGAUGACAUGCUGCUAUGUUAAGCUCUUAAAAGUUUUCUUUAGGCUGCUUGGCUUAACUCUAAAGGCAAUGCUUCUCAUUUUGCCAAAUGUGGUAGAAACUGAUCCUAGCUAUAAAAUAAACAUGUAAUUUUAUUGAAAAAGGAAUGGUCACAAAUUGUUUCUUUAAAAUGUGUAGAUGUGGCCCACCAGUAUUUUUGUGUGAAGGUUCUGCCCUUCUCCUAAAGUGAUUAAUUUUUCUUGAUCCUCGUCUGGUGGAGCAGUUUAUCAUUUUUUCUGUGUACCCAGGUACUCAAGUUUUUAACUACCUUUGCAUUGUUUGACUGGAAAGUACAGUGAAGUCCUGACACUCUGCUGUAUGCUAUGCUAAAACAAGUAGACUUGGAAUAUAUGUGAAUCUGCCAACUACAGUGCACUUACUUUUAUAAUGUACUUACUGAGUUUUUACAUUAUUCCUGAAGUUUCAUAUUGCUAAACUACCAAAUUUUCCAGUGAGAUACAAUUUUGGUACUUAAAGAUAACAAAGCUUUACUAUUCCAUUUAAGUUAUACACUGUUCUGACCAAUGUGCUCAUUAGAUAAAGCACAUUGAUAUCUUGGGAAACUUUCUGGUGAUCCUAAUAUACUUUACUGUAUUAAUUUCCUAAGAAAAUCACAAACUACUGUGGAUUACCUGGAAAGAAAAUUCCUGACAUGCAGUUCUUUUAUUUGUUGUCCAUGGGUUUUUUAUGCAGUUGUAAAUAAAGAUGUAAGUGGGAGAUUCUUACUAAAAUAAAAAUUAAAAUAGAUGGCAAGAAGACAGUAUGAACUAAAUAAUUAAAUUUUAAACAUAAGCCAGUAGGAUUUUAUAGUAUGCAUUUAUUGAGGAGCAUUCUGAUAUAAAGUAUGCCGCCAUAUUCACCAAAUUCAUUUCUCUCUUUUCCUUUCUUGAUUUCAGAUCUAGGAUAAUUUGUCAUUACAAAUACUUUGUAAGGUACUACAAACACAGUGACAUUUAUGAACUAUGUCUUGCUAAACAGUUACAAUCUCCCUUGAGAUAACUUGGCUCAAAAAUGCUGAAAUAACCAAUCUAAAGGCAGAUUCUCAAAUGAAAACCAAAAUCCUGUAGGCCUUUUUGAAGGGGGAAAAUAUGAUUGGAGGUGAGAUGUUCAGCAAUUAUCUGGUGUGCUCUGGUGGCAUGAAGUUCAUUUUACUUUAGUAUGUUGCAGAAACAAAUUUUUUGGGACUUCCUAAUUUAUCUAUUUUUUAUAAGAAGUUGGAUCAUGAUUUUUCCCUUCCUAAGUGAAACUACAGCGUUAUUGAACCACUGAAUUGGCACAGAAUGCAGGGUAGCAACUAGAGUCAGUUAAUGUUGGACCACAGAUGUGAAUGGGGUUCUAAAUCCCAUUCCUGAGACUUGAAAUGUUACAUAUCCAUGGGUCAUUUUAGAGACUGCACGCAGCAUCUUUUCUUAGCUUGUGCUUGUGGCCAGGAGUGGGGGACUUCAGAGAGUACAUACUUCCAAUGCAAUCUAAUUGUCUUCUCAGGAGCCCUCAAAUUAUUAAUAUGACACUGUGCUGUUAAUAAGAUGCUCAUCUUGGAGUUUGGUGCUUUCCAUGGGCUGUUAGCUCACUCCUAGCAUGAGGGAAUAUUGGACCAAACUUUCCUGACUCAUCAGUGGAAAGGAGGGAGUGAGUGUGACCUAUGAGAAAUGCAAAUCCAAUGCUUUAGAUUAUUGGAUAUUCAGUGCUAGUUUGGUGGCAAAUGUUGAACAGUAGUAACCUGAAGGCAUUUGCUUUCUUAAAAAUUCACUUACUGAAAUGUAAGAACUUAGUAAUAAUAAGGGAAUUGACUAAAACCUUUGAACACCGAAUGUCAGAUAAAAUUGUUUUCCCAUUUGAUUGUUUUUAUGUUACCUUUUGUUACUUUUCCGGAUAUACUGUAAAGUAGUUUUAGCCAUCUCACCAGUCUAGUGUUGGUGGUUCAUGUGCUUUCCCAUAAAGUAUUUUUAAAAUCGUAGCUGUAGGCAUUUCAGGUGUGUUUUCAUGGUAAUCCAUGAAAUACUGAAGCUAGUUAUAAAAUUGUCUAAAAUAUUACUUGUAGAAUAAAUAAACUGAACAUGAAAUUUUAAUGAAAACUAUUUUUUAAUGAUUUUAAAUGCAUGGAAACAAACCCUCAUUGUGUUAAUUUUCAGUGGGAUAGAUUUUAAUAGGUCUUUUCCAUCUUGAACUUCCUUAAGACAUUCUGAAAGUUAAUAUAAUUGAAAUUUGGAGGCCAUCCUUAUUAAUGACCUCAGCCUGACUCUUAAAAGCAGUGUGGGAAGUUUCUUCUGUUUGGAACAGCGGCCCUUUUUUUCCUAAUUGAAGGAGCUAUUUGGAAAACCAUUCAGAGAUAAGCACAACAUACUUACAGGUAAAACUGUUUAAAAACCCCUCUGCUCUAAUGUCAAGAUUAUUGUACGCACUAAUCACAUUGAAAGCAAAAAAGUAACUUUGUAAAUGUGGGUAAAAACUCAAGUGAUUUGUAUGUGGUCCCUUGGGUGGAGAAUAAAAUGCUCAUAAUAAGAGGUAUGAGAUUCAGAAGGAACUGGAGUGUGUUACUGCAUACACAUGUGGAUAAGGUUUUUCCAUUUGUUUGGGUAAAUGAUUUGUCUAGAGCUUCCAUUGUUCCUAGAGUUACUAGUGUGCUUUUAUGUCUCAUUUUCUGUAGAGUAAAGCAUAGCUGUAUCAUUUGAUUGAAUUUACAUGCUGACUGUAUGUGGGAUGUUAAGUGCUUGACUUGAAAGAAUUGCAGUGAGAAUAAAGAUGCUGUUCUUGACUUUAAGUAAAAA